CUAUUGGAGACUUAUAAACACUCGAUCAUUCACAGUAUCCUUCAUUGUUGUACAAGCUCCACUCACAUACAGAGCAACAGCUAUUGGCAAUAUUUACAGAUUUGUGAACGUAAACAUCCAGAUGUAUUUCUGUUAUGUUUUGCAAUAAAACGUGUCUGUGAGAAGUAAGAAAUAAGCGUGCCAUUUAUCUGGAUUAGAAUCAUAUGCUACGUGAUAAACAAGAAACGUAAAGGGAUAAACAUAUUGAGGAAAAAUAGUUAUCAUUUUUUUUGUGAAAAAUAAAGUCAUCAUUUACAAGGACAUUAAGUUAAAGGAAAACGAAAGGAGACUUGGUGUACUUACAGUGAAUAGUUCUAUUAUUUAAAUAGAUAUUCUUGAAAGCCAUAAAAACACAUUUUACAAAUUUGUGUUGCACGUCUGUCACUUGUUUCAUAUUAGUACAAUAGGUCUCACGCAGUGCAGAAUGGGAAACCACAGUAGCAAGCGCAAGUCUAGAGGACUAAAAUGUAGAUACAGGAAUCCCGAUGACGAACUCUCAGAGGACGAACAAAUUCCUGAAGACUUUGAGGGAACUACUCCAAGCUCGUAUGACAAACUUUUAGCAUGGAUGGUCGAAAUGGCCGAAAACGAUGAUGCUGACAUUAGCUCACCAGCGUUUAUUGAGCAUCUAACCACACAAUGUGCUGAAAAGGUUCAUCAAAGUACAGCCCAAUUAGCGCCUUCUACUCGUUCAAUACCAUCAAAACGUCAGAAUUCUUUAGACGUUCCAAUCCGUCAACAUUCGUUAGAUUCAAGCAAUGGCUCCCGUUACAGCAGAUCAUCAAGAUCUAGAGAGGACCUGCUACAUCCAAAAACACGAUUCAGGCGAGCAAUGCUAAGUAGACAAAGUACAGUUGAUUUUUCCGAUGAUAGUGAUUCGCCUCGGGACCCCAUGGGUGCUGGAAGUUUUGAUAGUGAUACCGAAACCAACUAUCUGAGUCCAGAAACGAUACUAAUAAAUGAUAUAGGAGAAACCUCCUUUACAAACAGAUUCAGACCCCCUUUACGGAAAAAUCAAAGUUGCACAACAUAUCGAAACUACAAUACUAGUAUUGCAGACCUGCUGAAUGUAGGUUCUCGUAAAAAGAGCAAGAGUUUAAUGACAAUGAGAAAGAUGUUGUCCGAAACAAGAAACGACGAAGAAAUUAUAACUCCAAUUACUGAGGAAACAGUAGUGAAAGUGCUAGAUGAUGAUAUCCUUGACAGAAAUAUGGCUGAUAUAUUGUAUUCCGUUGAGGCGUUAUGGCCAAAACCGCCGAAAUAUCUUAGCCAGGAACAUAAGGGCUAUAGUUUUAGCUGAUACCAAUUUUAACCUCGAUUUGCAUUGCAUGAAAUGAUAGAUGAUCAUAUACCAAUAAAUGCAUAUAGAAGGAACUGUUAAGAAUUGAAAUACAAACAUUCGCAAAUAGAUUUUCAGUUUCACACCUGUGUAGUAAACGAAACACGAUGUUAAGUGGCUGAUACUAAGUAUAGAAGAGAGCUUAAAUCAUUUUCAUUAAUUGUAUUGGAAGGCAAUAUGUAUAAUGAUUUAUUGUUAUUUUAACACGAACAAAAACUAUUUAUAAUUCAUUUUUGAAAUAUACUAAUCGAUUCAUUUGAG